AUGGCAGCAGCAGAGGAGCUUCAUGCGGCCUUUGCAGCACGGCUCAAAGAGACCUGCGCUCUGAACGCCCUGCAAACCCGGGCGGAGAACUCCACCGAUGACGAGAUGGAGCCGCAGAAUGAGACCUACUACUUCCAGGACAACGAGGACCACAUCAACGACUUCUUCAGUGAGGAGGAGAAAGGCGUGAAGAAGAAGCGCGGUGGUUGGGGCGUCGGUGGCGACAAGCUUUGGGGCUCCGGACGCGGCGUGGAGGACAUCAAUGGUGGCAAUGUGGGCUACUACAACUCGGGCAUGUAUGCUGCCAAGGGUCGCUGCGGUGGCUCAGGCUGCGCGCUCAUCGUGAACCCUCCUGGGCAUCGCUCCAUCAACCAGUUCCACAUCCACUUCGUCCACUAUGCUGGCUACGGCGCCAACCUGAAGCGUCGCUUAGAGGAUCGGGUCUGCGGCAAGUGCCUUGGGCCGAUGCGCUGGACCGUGCUUGGAAAAAGGCAGAGCGCUAGCAGAGCAUACUUUGUGAUUGUCACCACCUUGGUUUACUUCCCCUUCGGCUGGUGCACGAGUUUUGAGAUCCAGGGCAACGGUGGCUGGUACUUCUUUCUUUUGGAGGCCAUGACCGAGAAGGACAAGGACACCUCUUUGAGGUGCCAUUGGGAUGGAGACUUUGCUACAUGGCCGGACUACGUGAGGAAAGUCCGGCUGGCUUUCGAGAAGACCCGUCGUCGCAGGCGGGCACAGCUAGGACCCGACUUAGUGUCCCAACUGUCGGGCAGGGCAUGGGUUGUCACCCAAGAGAUCGACUACAAGGCAUUGACACAACCCAAUGGAGCCCGCUACCUGAUCACGUUCCUUGAGGAGCGCCUCGCCCGCGUUCCAAUCCCGGAUGCGGGAUCUCAAGCAGAAGCACUACUUCUUCGCCUUCGACGAGUACCAGGAACUUCAAUGGCGACCUGGUGUGCGCAGGUGAGAGAGCAGUAUAGAAAGCUGCAGAGAGCACUUCGCCGUGCUCGAGGAGAUGCGGUGGAGUUCAAGCCUGGUGGAGCUCCGUCGCAAGCUUCCUCGAAACCCCGCUCCAGUCCGGAGCCUGCAGCCGAAGAAGGAACAGAAGAAGAAGAAGCACAACGUGCUGAUGAAGAAGAAGCUGAACCUCGUUCACCUACCAGGCCAUCCUCCUCCAAGGGUGGCAAGUCGAAAGGCAAAGGAGAUGACCUUCGCUCUCCCUCUCGUGGAUCUCGCUCUGAUCCUUCCGACAGUGAAGAUGAACAAAACGACAACUUUUGGGAGGACCUGGACACUGGUUUGCCUGAGGUCCUGCCUAGUGAGUUGCUAGGUUGGAUCAUGCUGCGGAAGUCAUCUUUGAAUGCUGCUCAACGUCUCAACGUUCUCUCCAGCAUAGGAAACUCCCUCAAGGCCGAUGACAUCGAGAAGGGCUUGCGAGGAGCUGAGGACGAACUUCGUCUUGUGGAAAAGGAGAGAGAAGGAAGACCAAAAGGGUCUGGCAAAUCCAAGCAUCGCCCUUCGUUCUGGGUGGAACACCAAGGUGAGUGGGGCUUGCUGCUCACCUCUGAGUGUGAUGAUGAAGACCUCCUGGAAGGUGACAUCCACUGGCUGGGAGGACUACCACAAGACCAAGUCUUUCAGACCACUUCCUGGGAGACUCCUUCGGCACCACCGCCGGCAGUUGAAGAGACGUUUAUGAGUGAUGAUGGAUUCUGGGGAGCUGACCCCUCGAAUCCUGGAGCAUACCUGUGGUGGAACCUUGAGGCCGACGGCGAGUACUACCACUGUGACUCCCAUGGCACGUUUUGGUCAUGGUCUGAGGCCGAUGUUUGGAAUGAUGUGCUCUGGAGCACGCCUGAAGAAUCCAAGCCCAUCGUGGAAGCCUUUGCAGCCUAUGAGGAGAAGAUGCGCUCCUUCCAAGAAAGCCGCAGAGCAUCUGCAGCAAAGAAUGCUUCCCGUGGUUUCUUCCCCAAGGGCAAGUUCAAAGGAAAAUCCAUGUUUGGCAAGAAAGGUGGAAAAGGUAAAGGCUUUGGAACUCGCUUUGCAUCUUCCUCAACCUCCUCAUCAUCCCCUUCGGUGAUGGCAGUGCAAGGCGGUGGCAAGCCUGGUUCACCAGGCUAUCAGGGUUGCUUCAUUUGCGGAGCAAAAGACCAUGACUAUCGCUCCUGCCCCCGACGAUCUCGUCCUGGUGGCAAGGGAGGAAAAGUGUUCAUGGUGGCUGAAGAAGAAGAGCUCAUGGAGACCUUCGUGUGCCAUCCUCUUUCUCAUCCUGAGCGGCCACUGGAGAUCAUGGCCAAGAGCUCGGCUCAGAGCUCCACGCCAAAGGAGAAGAAGGGUCCGAAAACCAAGGAAGCCUUCACCGAGAAGUACGACACUUCUCGCACGGUCCUGAGCGACCCCAGGGACCCUCGCACCCUUGGCCCGCCGUGCAACGGCCAACACGAGCCGGCACCAGCCUACAAAGGCCCGGUGACAGGGAGCAAUGGACAUGCCAGCUGGGUCGGAUGCCAACGGUGUCAACUACGCUUGAGCUACACCCCGGCGUUCGGGGCAACAGGAUUGCACCGACAAGCAGGGCCGAUUCCUCAAGACACCAAGAAGCAAGUCGAGGAAUUGGGAGAGAAAGCACCAUACAACCCGCUGAUGAAGAGUCAAGCCAUAGGCUUGGAAGGUGCAGAACGCUCCCUCCUGACCAAGCUCGACAGCGUCCGAGCCCGCAAAGCCGCAGCAGGGUAUGGCAACCUCACGCCGACCACCAAUGCCACAUCGAGUCCUCAGAGUCCCGCCAACCAGACUCAGCCGAGUCCGACCGAGGUGGCAAGUCCGACCGACGUGGAGACCCUUGGCACGGUUCCUGGGAGCAAAUCCCGGCGAUCAGAAACAGCGCCCGAGGAAGCAGAGUACGAGGAUCGCUCAAACCGUGCAGAAGAGCCCUACAUGUCUGAGAACUCCGAGGGUGACUUGGCUCUUCGUGGUGGCACCUUCAUGAAUUCGAAUGACCAGGUUCCCAAGAAUGAACGGAUGUUCAAGAAUGCCCAAGCUCCACCGAAUGUCAAGGUCCCUCCGAACUUGUUCAAGUCUGACUAUGCCUCCGGCACUAAGGAACAGGAAGCAUUUGAAGAUUCACUUCCUGAGGGACGACAUGAUGGAGAACCUGGCGGAGAAGAUCGCACUAUGACUCCCUUCCCGAAGAAGGAGUUUGCGAUGGUGGUGGAGAGUAUGAAUGAGCUGGUUGAAGAAAGUGAUAUGAUCUUCAAAGCUCAUGGAGGCAUCUCAUCCUUGCAGCAAUGGGACGUGAUGGAACUUUGCUGCGGUCCUCAAAGCCAACUUACAGAAGAAGUUUUGAAAGCUGGAGGACGAGGAGGUCGCAUCGGACUCCACAACAACUGUGACCUCACCAAAGAAGAAGGCGUCGAAAAGGCCCUCGAACUUCUCAAGGCUCAUCGUCCUCGUUGGAUUUGGGCCAGCUUUCCUUGUGGUCCCACGUCAGCAGUUCAAGCCUUGAAUGAAAGGACGCCUGAAGGAAGAGAGAAAAGUGUCUUUAGGAAAAGACAUGCGAGAAAGGUGCUUCGAGGUGGACUUCGAGUACUACAUGAACACCUACGAAUGGAUGGUGAAAUCGUGUGGGAAUGGCCCAGGUUCAACAAAGCCUGGAAACUGCCAGAAGUGCAAGAGUUUUGGCAUGCACUUCAGACGGCUGGCAAGGCCUAUGAGAUCCUGGCUGAUGGCUGCAUGUUUGGUCUCUCCUCACCAGACGGGCCAGUGAAGAAACCCUGGCGCUUCAUGGUGACUCGAGAACACGCCCUAAAAGGUCUUGCUCGGCAGUGUGAUGGAAGUCACCACCAUGUGCCAUGCCUUGGCGCCAAUGCCAGAAACUCUGCCUACUACACCCCACAGCUGUGUUGGGUAGCCGCCCGAGGAAUGCUGCAGACCUCCGAGCUCAUCGGAGGCAUCCAAGAAGUUGAACCUGACCCUUCUGUUUUGGAAAAGCUCACACCUCAAGAACUUCAGCAUCUCAUGGAAUCGGUGUUGAAACUUCAUCGACUGUGCGGCCACCCCAACAACAGAGCUUUGUUGAAGCUUCUCCGAGCUCGAGGAGCCUCUGAAGAGUUGAAAGCGGCUGCACUUCAACUUGCCUGCCCGGAAUGCCAUGAAAGCAAAACUGCCUCUCCGACCGUCAAGGUAUCAUUGGAGAGGGAAGAUGUGAUUUGGAAGACGCUGCAGAUGGAUGCAUUUUUCUUUCGGCAUCGAGGGCAAGUUCAUCAUUUUCUUUUGAUGUUGGAUGAAGCUAGUUCUUUUGCAGUGGUGAAAGAAGUGAAGGUUCAUCCUGCUGAAGAGUCCGAGAACAUCACCACCGCAGAGGUAAUCACCACCCUGGAAGAAAGCUGGAGCCAGAUCUUUGGCUAUCCCUCUCGCUUGAGGUGCGAUGCUGAAGGUGCCUUUCGUGGCACUGAUUUGGCCAUGUGGUGCAGCGAGAGGGGCAUAGACAUGAUCCACGUUCCUGCUGAACAUCAUCAAGCCACAGGAGCUGUUGAGAAGGCCAUCGGUGAGUUGAGAUGGAAGAUGGAAAAGUUCUUGCGCAAUGAACCCAUCGAGCCCAAGAGAGCUGCCUUCGCGAUGACUCAAGCCCACAACCAUGUGACUCGAGUUGGUGGAUAUGCGCCGGCACAAUGGGCCUUCGGCAGAUCCGAAAAUGUGACCAUCAACGUCGCGGCAGCCAGCUCAGAAGGCAUCCCUGGUCAUGAGAUGGCCGAGAACUUGAGACUUCGCAUUGAGGCUGAACAUCUCCACAACAAGUUGUCUGCUGAAGCUCGGAUCUCCCGAGCCAGGAACAGCCGGAGCAAACCGGCAAAGCAGUUCAUCCCUGGAGACAUCGUGUUCUACCAGAGGUACAAGGUCCCUCGACGAGCUCCGGCCAACGAAGAUGUGGAUGUGCCUCGAAUGCGCAUUGCUCGAUGGUAUGGACCUGCUCGAGUUCUAGCCUGUGAAACCCGGGUUGAUGACACCGGAACAGCACGCACUCCUUCGAGCGUGGUGUGGCUAGUGAGCUGCGGCCGACUUCUCAAGGCCCACUGUGAUCAAGUUCGACAUGGCAGUGAACGAGAGCUUCUGAUAGCAAACGCCUCAGGAACAAUGGCCAUGCCUUGGACCUUCUCCAUGAUGAGCAACUCUCUCACCAAGGGCGCUUUUGAAGAUCUCACCUCCUCCAAGGCCGAAAGAUUCGAAGCCAAGAGAAGACAAACCUUUCGCCCACCGGUACCAGAGAGAAAACGCCAGAAGCAACAAGAAGAAGAUGAAGUACAAGAUGAUGCAAUGAGCUCAUCCUCUGAAGAGCUUCUUCCCGAUGAGGUGCAUAUGGAUCCCACUUUGAAAGAAGGAAUGCACCCUGAUGACUCUGAUGACCUAGACAUCGAACGGCUGCUUUCUGAUCCGACCUACAUGCCUCUACAUCCCGUUGUCCCACCAGAUGUGAAAGAGGCAAGAGGAUCUGAUGAUGUCGAGUUCCGGCAGCAGCGAAAACGCCAUGAGCAAGAUGAUCGUCCUCACCAUGCCAAAUUCCCCAAGAAGUACAAGAAUCCAGACUUGGUGGGAUGGUGCUCACAGCCUGCCAAUGACUUUGUCCUGGCCGUGACGAUCGAUGCCCCAGCCAAUGAAGAAGAAUGGCGAAGCAUCUUGAAAGAUCCCAAGAAAUACACCUCCAAAGAAGUGAAGAAGGGAUGUGAAGUUGCCUGGCAUAAACUGAAUUCAGUUCAAAGGCAAGCCAUGAAAGAGGCAAAGGACUUGGAGGUGAAUUCCUGGGUGGCCAAUCGCGUGUGUGAACGCGCUGGAGCUGACGUACCGAAGUCAAGGCUCAUGAAGAUGAGAUGGGUCUUGGUUUUCAAGGCUGUGGACGACCCGAACCAGCCCAACAAAGUCAAGGCGAAAGCCCGAAUCGUCAUUUUGGGUUUUUCUGACCCUGACCAAGAGUACCUUGACAAAGCGGCACCAACACUGUCACGACGUGGCAAGAUGCUCCUGCUCAACUUGGCAUGCCAUCGCCGAUGGCGGACCCUCAAGGCUGACGCUCGUGCGGCUUUUCUCCAGGGCUCUGAAAGCCAACGAUCUCGGAGCGUGUUCGCACAACCAGUGCAAGAGCUGGGCGAGAAGAUGCAAUGUGGUCCUCAAGAAGCAGUUCGCCUACUCCGGGCAGCUUAUGGGCUAGUCAAUGCCCCUAGAGAGUGGUACCGUGAUGUGGAGAAGAUUGCAACCCAGACAUGUGGCAUGCAGCGCCUCACCUGUGAACCCUGCAUUUGGGUAUGCAAGGACAAAGAUGGCAAUGUCCAAGGUGCCAUAGCAAGUCACGUUGACGAUUUUAUCGUGACUGGCAAUGAAAACAGCGAGCUGUGGUAUGACACCUUGACCAAGUUCCAUGGCGCACUGAGCUGGAGUCCUUGGGAGUCAGAUCCCUACCUGCACUGCGGCAUUGAAGUGCACCAGCAGGCUAACUACAGCUUCAGCUUUGACCACUCCCAGUAUGCAGCUCAGAUCAAGCAGAUCGAUGUGGACAAGCACUCCUCCGAGGUGACGCCUCAAGAGCUUUCUCAAGCUCGAGCCGUGCUGGGCUCAAUACAGUGGAGAGUGAGUCAGACGGCGCCACAACAUGCCUCACGACUGUCCCUCCUUCAGUCACAGCUUCCUUGCAGCAAACACUCCAAGGAGAUCCUCCACCAGAUCAACAAACUGGUCAGAGAGGUGUGUGCCCAAAAGCACCUGUCUGUGAGAGUUCAACAGCUGGAGGCUGUGAAAGAUGAAGAUUUGGUGAUGAUCGCCUGGACUGAUGCAGCAGUCGCAAACCGUCCAGACCUGGCCUCAACUGGAGGAUAUGUGGUGGGCUUAUGCCACAAGCAGAUCCUGGACGGCAUCCGCUCUCCCGUCAACAUGGUGGCGUGGAGAAGUGGAAAACUCCACAGGACAGCACGCAGCUCACUUGCGGCUGAACUCCAGGCCAUGGGUGAAGGAGAACAAGAGUUGAUGUUCUGCCGAGCACUAUGGGCAGAACUACUUGGCCACUCCAUGGACUUGACGCGACCUGAGCGCACCAUUGCCAAGGUCGAAGCUGCCGUGGUCAUUGAUGCCAAAAGUGCCUACGACGCCUACCACCAGGGCGAUGGCGCUAGCGCUGCUUUCUCGAUGAAGGAGAAGUACAGCGCGCUUGAACUCCUCUCCAUCCGGGAGAACAUGACCAAGGCGAACGCCCGCCUGCUCUGGGUGUCGUCCGACGCCCAACUGGCUGACGGCCUGACUAAGGCCAGUGCUGCUGAUUUGAUGAAGACCUUCAUGAUGAAGGGCCAGCUUUGGAACGUGAAGUAUGACCCGGGCUUCGUAGCGGCCAAGAAGAAGCGCCGCCUGAAUCCUGAGAGUCAAGAGCCUGAGCCUGAACUCAUCGAAGAUGAGUCUUGGCACACCUUCCAGCGGCGGCAGGCCACUUCGGCGAAAACCUUUCGCCCAUGUGAUUCUGUUUGGUUUAGCCAUUUGAAUCAUGACUCCACCUGCAAUCAUUCGCCGUCGUUGCAUACCGCUGCCAUUUGA